AUGCCUGUAGAACCGCUCCACCGUCAUCAGUCUUCCCUUGAGGGAAUCCUUGACUUUUCGGCUCGGCCACCCUUGGACCCAGCUCAACGCCAAGCAGCUGACCAGCGAUUCACUGAGCUCAUAAAGCGCUUUGACCAACCUCCUAUGGAGGGCGAAGAUGUCAAAUACGACCGUGUCAAACUUGUUCAACUGACGUACCAAUACUCCCUGAGCGAUGAGUCAAAGGGGGCUUUUCUUCGUGCAUUCUUCGAGUCAAUCGGGACUCCAAUAAGCGAGGAUUUCAAUACCGCUGAAAUUAAUUUACCCAAUACCGCUGAAAUUAAUUCACCCAAUACCGAUGAAAUUAAUUUACCCAAUACCGCUCUCCGUUCUUCCAUAUUCUCAUUUGCUGAUUAUUUGUUUGAAAACUUCUUUAUGCCACUGAAAGCAUCAACCAGGAAAACUCCCCAGCCAACACCCGGGUCGCAAUCGGCUGUUCUCGCCCUGCAACAAGGUGCUGUUACAUUUCUGGGCACUCCAGAGCGAGUUUCGGCUCUUAGAGGAGCUUGUCUUAUUCGAGAUCGCCAUCGAUGUGUCAUUACGCGGCGAUUUGAUAUUGAGCAAGUCAAGAGGCAGCAAAAAGCCUCUCAAGAACUUCAAGAUGAUGAUGGGAACUCUUUAGCCGGGCACACUCGCUUCUCUAAUCUUGAGGUCGCUCAUAUUAUCCCUCAUUCACUCACUCGAUUAAAUGCGAAUAGCGAGCUAGAUCCCUCUAAGGUUGCAGCUCUAGCCAUUCUUAACAUGUUUGACGUUGGUGCUGCCUUCUUAAUUGAGGGGAUUAAUAUCGACCGUCCCGGAAAUGCUCUGACUCUUACUCCGAACAUGCAUUAUCAUUUUGGAGCUUUUGAUAUUUAUUUUGAGCCUGUGGAGGGUCAAAACCACACUUAUUAUAUCCGGUCCUUCUUGAUAGAUGGUCUCAUUGAUGAUAUCCCAACGACCCGCACUCUCUUCUUAGCUGAAUCACGGACUAUUGACCCUCCCUCACCGCGAUUGCUAGCCAUCCAUAGGGCCAUAGGGCACAUUCUCCAUCUCUCUGGAGCUGGGGGUUAUAUUGAUGACAUCAUCCGUGAUUAUGAAGAACUACACGCAAAGGAAGAUGGGUCAACGCAAUUAGACCUAUUAGUGAAGCUCAAGCUCCAACUUCAAGGAGACCAGGCGGGGCAGGGCGCUAUAAGGUCAGCUUCAUAG